AACUGAAGCGCGUGAUAUCUUCUAGUAUCAACGUGGACUUAUCAUUACUGUACUUUAGACACUGGUCACAUUGAUAUCGGUAAUUUAGUGUUUGACCUUGCAGUUGUUAUUAUAAAUUUUCCGUCAUUUUUGUCGCAGCUGCCUUUCGGUUGCUAAAAGGGCGUGUGAUACAGUUAAUAGUAUCAACUUUGUAUUCCAGUUUAGUUUUACAUGUCUGAUCUUUUCUCAAAGCUCGUCAAAGAAUCGUCAAAAAUUACGCGUAGUGACGUCAUUACUGUUUAUGGGUUGUGUUCCUCAAAGUGGAUGAUCAGGUCUAAUCUCUUUGAGUGUAAUUUAUUGCAUUUCUCCAAAAUUUUCUAUAGCGGCUUCCUCAAAACAGAUAGAAUUUUUCCAGAAAUAGGGCAAUUGCGUAGCUAUAACUUCGCAAUAUAUUCGAAUAUUUUGAUGAACAGUUCACACUGUACAACCUAAUCCAACCCAGUGGUAGUAUGACUUGGCAAACAGUAAACUCGGGGCGCAUCUACUUUUUAUGGAUCAAACAAUGGGAUCAAGGAUCGCGAGUCUUGGAUUUUAACACGAAAUUCAUUCGCUUAUACGGUUAAAUAAUAUUUUGGCAUUAUAGCUGGUGUAAGUUUGUGAUGUGAACCCUUACUUUAUUUCCUAAUCUUAGAUUCUAAAUCUUAGUUCCUCAGACUAAUUUAUAACUCUCUUUUGACCAUCGCAAGUAAGUGGGUUGUCCUAGGGUUCCUUUAGCUUCACCUAAAGGCCAUUUACUUAAUUAUGGUUUCACUAUCCAUAAAUCAGUUUAUUUACCGAGGCGUUAUGUAUUUCGUAUAGCGAUACCGCAAGCUGAAAUAAGCGAAACUGUGUUCUCACCUAAAACCUGUAAGUUAAAAGCCGACGAUUUCAACUUUUGUACUUAAAACCCACUAUCUACGUGAUAAGGGUACCCUAAUGUUUGUCGAAUGUGAUUUUCGUUUCAUGCACCUUUUAUUACAUGUUUCAAAUGUCAAAUUUAAGGGUUAUGUUAGUUACGUUUGAUUCUUUGUAGUUUCCCUAUAUGGAUAUCAACUUCCUUGUAAAUUUAAGGCAUUAACAUCGAAAGCCUGUCUUAAAAGGUUUUACUAAAUCGUAGCAACCAUCUCAAUCUGGUUACUAUUGUCAUCUGGUGCUUAAUGAUACACAGAUAAAGCAAGUUAGUAUACAACAUUCAGUUUUCUUUUACUUUGUAUUAUCUGGAAAUUCGCAUCACUUUUUAUCCUGGAACUUUCAAUAUCUCUGAAAGUAUUGCUGAAAACAGUAUUUUACCUACUGUUCCUACUUGCUGAUUAACCAGCACAUAACUAACUGUAACUACUAGCUUAUUGAUUUCAACGUCACCACGAUAUUCUGGGUUUAUUUUUUUUGGUUGAAAUUCGUUCGUAUCCAUAGGAAUUUAGAUUCCUUGUGGAAUUUCGUUAGUUUCUAAUGAUUUUAUGACUUUUCAACUAGCUCGAGUCCGGCUACACAUCCCAUUGCCUUUAGUAAAACCUUAAACAUUGUUGACCGUAAUGAAUGCUUCAUGGUGAAGUACAACUAACAGUUUAUCUGAGUUUUGCGUAUUACUAUUAUAUAGGUACAGUUAUAACUCAGGAGUAUUAAGAAUUUAUAUCUCUGUCGUUCAGUCUUGGUUUUCGAUCUUAUUUAUUUAAACGCAAACAUUCGUACGCGGCACCACAUAUAUAUGCGCCACACAAACCAUUUGGUUUGUGUAAGGGCUGGAAUGCUGCCCGCAUGCCCAAACCGAGGUAGAUGAUUUUCUUAGGGAGCCGCCCUCUGAGCCUUUGAAGUCUAAUCCACAGGGCAGUGGAACGUUGUUAAGAGAUGCAGUCCCAUGGUAGCUGGUGACAAACAAUAGGUUCAUGCCCCAAUUGAAGUCACGCUUGGAAAAUUUUGAAAACAAGGCUGACGCAGAUGUUCAGUCCGUCAUUUGUUGAAAUCAUAUGUCAAUUGAAGCUAGACCACCCCCAAAUGCCCUGGUAUGGCCGAGAGUAGGGAGAGUCCGCUCUCCCUCUCGAAAUGCUCUCACACGACCACGCGUAUAUAGCCUCUGCCAGGGAAGUCCUACUCACUGCCUUCUCGUGGCGGGGGUGUUGUUUUCGAAAAUGAGAGGACAAAAAGCGAAUGUCCGGUGCUUUAACCGGAUCUCAAACCAAUGGUGCACAUUGGCUCCAGUAACCUGAGUGAACGAAUGGCGUAUGAACCAAUCGUUGGUCACCGGCUACUAAGGGAAUGCAUCUCACGAUGCUCCACUGUCUUGUGGGUUAGACCUUUAGGUCAAAGGCUCGGGGUGUGGCCCCCUAAGACAACCACCUGCUUCGGUCUGGGUACCCGGGCAGUAUCACAGCCCACACACACACAAAUAUGGUGUGGCGCAUAUAUAUUUGGUGCCCUCUUGUACGAAUAUUUGUGUUGAAAUAAAUAAAUAAAUCAGUCCGUCAUUCAACUGCAGCGUAGGACCCGGCACAUUUAUGCAUCGGUCCAAGUCGCCAUACCUCAUUGUCACAAGAUUAACACUGAAUUAGCUACUUCUAUAAAUUUAAUGGUGGUGAUACAUAAAAGAAAGAUUGCAUAUAAGGAUAUAGUACAGGAAAAAAGAAUUAGUUAAUAGAAAGAAAGGUGUUGCUUUGAAAGAUAUACGAACGGCUGUGGAAACUUAAGCGACAUAUAUUAGGGAUUUUAAGCAGAGGGUUUUGAAAAACCAGUGGUUUUCCGCGAUACCCACCACCCUAAUAGAAUCCCGUAAGCUUAUCCCAUCAGACUCCGAACACGACGAAGAGUGUAAACAAAUCAGAUCUAGGUUAACCAAAAGUCUACAGAAUGAUCGUGAGCAGUGAUGAGCAACAAAAGCAAACGGGAUGGAGAAGGCAGCGUCUGUAGGCAACAUUAAACAGCUUUUGAGACUAAUAAAGGAAACCCGAAUUAAGAAGUCAAGUGUACGUGAGACAAUCUCGGAAGAAGGUGGCACACUCAUCAGCUCUCAGUGUUGACGUUUGGAACUUUGGACGGAGCAGUAAGGAGCAGUUCAGCUGGCCUUCAGCUACUCUACAGCUACCCACCACUCCCAAAUAGCCUCAAUGGAAUAUGGAAGUAGGUCCCCCGACUCUAAAGUUCAAAUAACUGUAGCUUAUGCGAAACAACAAAGAGCAGCUGGUUCAGAUGGAUUAACUCCAGAGGUCUUUAGGAAUGGUGGUCCAGUUUUAGCGGUUAGGUUGACUAAUAUUUUGUUUAAAAUUUGGGAAUCGAACGUAAUUCUGUCUGGUCGCAAUCACUGAUCGUCCCAAUAUAUAAAAAGGAUUAAAAUCUUCAUGUGGUAACCAGAGAGGGAUUAGUUUGACUAAUAUAGCAUCUAAAAUACUAGCCUCAACUGUUGUUGGACGCAUAACAAAGAAUCAUAAACUGCAAACACGAGAAAAUCAGGCUAGUUUCUGACCUGCUCGUGGCUGCAUCGACCACAUAUUUACGUUGCGUUAGAUUUUAGAACACAGGCAUGUUUAUCGGCGUCCGACAGUAAUAGUUUUUCUUGACUUAAAAGCAGCAUUUGACUCUGUAGACCGAGAGGUUCUAUGGCAGUGUUUGUCAUUGAAAAGUGUGCCUCAGAAAUACAUUAACCUUGUGAGUGCUCUUUACUCGAAUACUAUUAGUCGAAUCAGAGCUUAUAGCGAACUGUCAUCUGAUUUUGCAACCCCAAGUGGUGUCCGACAAGGCUGUCCACUAUAUCCAUUUUUGUUUAACUUCAUCAUAGACCUACUGCUGGAAAUAACUCUCGUCGACAGAAUUUUCGGGCAUUGAUCUACUUCCAGGAGGUCCGCUUAUCGACUUAGAAUACGCAGAUGACAUAGUCCUGUCUGGUGAAGACUCUGAGUCAAUCUUUCUCGGGUUUUGAACAACCUACGAAGUAUGACAGAAGCCAAAAGUUUGGACGCUCCAAAACCUUUGCAAACAACGUUGCCAGUUCCUUAAUCUGAAAGUCACAACCAUCUUUAAAAAGAGCCGGAGGUAGGCCAUCUGGGUCCAGUGAUUUAUAGCGUCCCUUGCGAACUUCCGCCUCAUUUGGAGGAUCGGUCGUCACCGGUCAUGGAGGGCAGGACAGUCUGAUCGAUAUUGCCGGAGCAGCAGGCUAGUUGAACUCCCCUUCGAAAAGUUCUGCCCAUCGUCCAAGACGUCGGUGGAUGUUAGUGAUUGGCAUCUAGUCAUCCUCACAGAUUGCUUCGCUCAUACCAGACUUCUUGCUGCCAGUGGCUCGGAUGAGUUGGAAGAGCUUCCGGUAGUUACCAGAUGCAGCUGCUGCUUCCAGCUCAUUAGCACGCUCCGACCAUCACUAUUUUCGAUCCUUACGCAAGCUUUGCCCAAUCUCCCUACGUAACAUACUUCGUUUGUGGUCAAACUCACGGUCACCCGUAGUUGACCGACGGGUCUCGAUGAGUCGUAAGGAGCCUGAAGAAACCCAGUGCUUAUAAGCAGGACGUUUCGCGAAGCCGCAAGCGACUUUACUCGCCAUUUUCUUGGUGUCAUGCAAUUGCAACCUAUGCUCAUCUAUACUUUUCGGUGGAAUGGUAACUAGCCUAGAAGCUAGCUCGGUUUGAUACUUAGUUGCAACAGAAGCUGCAAUCAAUUUACUGACAUCAAUCCGUUUAGAACGAUGAAUUUGUUGGCCACUGAAAAGUAAGGUAAAAUUGGCGCAAACAAGGGCAUGAUCAGAGUCCAGAUAGGUACUCCAAAAGGAGCGGCAGUCUUGUACACAACCACGCCAGCGGUAGCUGAUCGCGAUGUGAUUAAUCUGAGUCCAGCCUUGAGAUGCAGAAGGAGGACGCCAGGUGGUACAUCGGCGAUGACUGUGCCGAAAGUUAGUGUUAGCCAGGAACUUGGUUGUGGUCUGUGCACAGUUGCAGUAGACGGUCCCCGCUGUCUGUCCUGCGACUAACAAGUCCCCAUCGGCCACCUAAACGACUCUUUUCUGAGUCUAGACGCCACUCCUGAGCAUUCAGGUCUCCGGCUAGUACUACAAUAUCUGUUGAACGCACUUUCCGAAGAACACUUAACUGGUGAUAGAAUUCAUCCUUGAUUGCAUCCGGGCUGCAAUCUGUCGAAGCAUAGGCGGAGAUGACGAAAAGAUAUCGUUUCUCACACCGAUCUCUUCUUACUUUGAUGGAACUUUCUAAUCAAACAGCACAUAACCGGCUGUUAAUGGGAAUCCAAUCGAUUAGUGCUUCCUCAGCUCUAGCGCUUAGUGCGACACCAACGCCAGCAAAACCAGAUGAAGAUAGUUUUGAGGUAGUCGAACUCGUCGACCACUUAUCUUAGAAAUCUGAUCAGCCCUAAUGGGUUGGUGUCUGGCAAAAUCUCUGCACGGAUUCAAAAAGCUCGUUUGGCUUUUGACAACUUACGUCAUCUAUGGCGAAGACAAGAAAACCGUCAUAUCAGUUAAGGGGCGAGUAUACUGCGCAGUUGUUCGUUCUAUCCUACUUUACGGCUGCGAAACGUAGCCGCUAUGAGUAGAAGAUACUCGUAAGCUACUAGUAUGUGAUCACAGAUGCCUUAGAAACAUUGUUUGCAUCUGCUGGAAUCACCGGGUAAGUAAUAGUGAGGUUAAACUCAAGGUAUUAGGGGAUGAUGAUUAAUCAUUUGGUAAAGUUGUGAAUCUGCAUCAACUGAGAUGGUUGGGCCACGUUUAACUUAUGCCCAAUCACCGACUGCCACGGCACGCAACUCUCACAAGUGUUGAAGAUGGAUGGAAGUUAGGGGCGUCCAGAUCAAAACGUGGCAUCAGUCCACAAAGUCACUAACUUGUGGUUUGAACCAUGUUGUUAGAUGCAGAUUACUUGAUUGGGGUCCUCGUGACUAACGUAAACAGCGGUUAGAGACUGAGCGACAUGGUUCAAAAUCAAUCACAAUGGUGUAGGUGUUUAUACUCUGUCUUCCCUUAAACCAUGAGACUAAAAUUACUUUAUACCCUUCUUUCUACGAACUAAUUAUUUCUCCCUGUACUGUAUCCUUAUAUGCAACAUUUCUUUUAUAUAUUACUACCAUUGAUGUAACUUCUAUAAAUUUUGUGAUCGAUUUGUUGUGCUAAUGAGGUGUGGCAACUUGAACCGAUGUAUAUAUGUGCCUGGUCCUACGUUGUAGCUGACUGACUGACUGGUACCAUUUGUCCUCUCAUGAUCCUGUUCUCCAUAUGCACCAUUGGUUUGGGGUCAGGGUUCUCGAACUCUCCUGUGUGGGUCCUCCAUAUUCAGCAACCCCAGUUAAAGUACUGGACAAUCGCUUUUCACCCUUUCACUUUCGUAAGCAACGCUCCCUCCACAAGGUAGUGACUAAAACUUUCUUGAUAGUGGCUGUAUACGCGUGGCCAUGUUAGAAUUUCAAGAGGGAGAGAGAGAGCGCGGAUUCUGCCCACCCUCGGACGUACCAGGGCAUUCCGGGACAAAGUUUUUCGACCCCAUCCAAUCUACUUGGAAUUUCUUUGUUAUAUACUGUUGUCAACUUUUGUGAUGCCUGUGUAGUUAUUUGUUCAGUGUUCAGACUUAUACAUUAUUAAUUUUAUUCUCUCUACCUUUUAACAUCGGCUGAUGUCAAUCUCAACAAUCCUGUUAUUAUUUGACGAUAAUCAAAAACAUCAAGGAAAAACUAAAAGUAAUAAAAGUCAGGUCUUGAUGCUGUUUGAGUAGCUUUUUGUGUGGCUUACCUUCCUCAUAUAGCAAAAUAAUCAGUGCUAACGACCACGUCUAUACAUCUACUGUUUUGUAGCUGGCUUAAUAGAGUUUAGAAGAAUUUGUUGUAGACACUGUUCGUCGUUACUUCAUUCGUUAAUAUAUUUGGUAAAAAAAUGAGUAGAAUGAAUUCUCAAGAUUCUGAAAACCCGGGAAUAAAUACGUUCUGUUGUGACUGUUUUUAGGAAACAACAUACAACUUACAGUAGAGCAUGUAUAAUUUGAUGGCUUCCUAUUUAUCUAGUUUUGUAGCCUUUCCGUACUGUUUUAUGAAUUAAAGUCGAGCAGUUUGUCCCUGAAUACUUUGAACGUUUUAGUGGCUAUCGUAAUAAUAUCUGUAGAGUCAUAAGGUAUUUAAAAAGACCCUCAUAAAUACGUUGAACUUCUCCAUUUCAUAUGUUACUGUAAAUUUGCGAGUUUUAAGAAUAAUAUGGACGUCCUAAUUAAUGUACAAUUUUCCAUUCACAUCCCUUAAUAUUUUCAUUAUUCUUUAACAUCAUUGUACUUAAUAAGGUCGGAUAACGAGUCCUUUUGGUUUACAUUUUUUACAGCAUAUAAAAUUAUUGAGAAUGAAAAGUCUCAAGUAACUAAUCAUUUUGUACAAAUCAGCUACUCUGUAAAUUAAGUGUAAGUCAAUUAUUUUGGGUUGAAUGCUAAGUCGUCGUAUCACUACCUGAGCUGUGUUGAGUUUUGAUGUGACUAUCUGUUUCUAAAGGAACGCUUACAAAAAAGUCAUCAGAGGUAACUUGAAAUGUUAAUCAAUCUUCAUUGAUCAUCCUAAGGGGUUAUCAUUUUUCAUGACCAGCUUUUAUGCGAUCAACCUUGAAAGGUAAUUUAGGUGUAUACAUAACCACUAACUAGCGUAAACUACUGAUUAGAUUUACUUAUCUUUAAAUAUUCAGUAGUCGUAUCAUAGUGUGACAAACUAAGUAAGACUAAUACUUAGAUGAUGGAGAGUAGAAAAUUCAAACCCUUCGAUACAGUCAUAAACUUUAACGAAGACUUCAUUUCAGAUUCCGAAGUACACAUUAAGACAAGUUCUUCAAAAUAUGGUUUUUGUAGCUAUCCAGGUACCAAAGAAGAAAAAGAAUCGCAGUCGCUAAAUAGUACUGCUGCUCUCGGAUCAUUCGUUCAGGGUCGGGACAGAAGCCGAAAACUUUUAAAUUCAAAUGUUAAUACAAAUCUUCAGAGUCCUGAAAACAAAAACUUAUUUCAAAACUCAUGUUUCCCCAGUGAACCGUUAAAAUUCAUAGGUUAUCGACCCAUAUUCGGUUCUGCGAAUUGUAUUGACUUAUGUUCUUUCGAUGAUCAUAAUCGUCUCAAACCUUUUGAAUUAUCAUUUCUAGGUGUUCCUCUCUUCAGUUCUUCGACCCAUUCCUAUUAUUCAGAUGAACGUAUUUACAACACUACCAAACAACAAACUAUGCUUGUAUCAAGCUCUUUUACCAACAAGUCCAAGAAGGGACGUGUAAGAUCACUUUCUGAAUUAUCGCUUCAACACGUCUGUCAUAAGGGAAAAAGAAGUGAAACUGAAGCAGGCGUUCAUUUAUCUUGUAAUCAUUAUGAAAAGGAACUGAAUUACCUUCGGCAGGAACUUAUGGCGCGCAAUGAAGAGGCAGAAAAGAUUGCGCAUGAACUUAUGCAUGCAAAGAAUGAAGAAAAACAAUUUGGUGGUCAUUUACGCGAACUAACAAAAGAGGGUUCUGCUAAGACAGAUACUAUUAAUAAGUUAAAAGAAAAAGUUUCUGAGCUAUAUGUUGAAGUGGAAUCCCUUCGACAUUCUCAUCAACAAGCCAUCUGUCACCAAGAAGAUUUACAGAAGGAGAUCGACAUUUUGAAGUAUUCACGUGAUUGGUACGCUAAUCAGCUUCGUUCGGUUCAGUGUGUCAGUGAUCGUGUUCAAAAUGAACCUGAAAGAAUUGUCAACUUACUAAAGGAUAGCAGUGAAAUGAAUCAUCGUCUGGCACAUGAAAAUGCUUGUUUGCGAGCUCAGUUAGUAUGUAGCAAGGCCGCCUUAGCUGAUGCUAAACGAAAUCUCUCUCGCCAGUUAGAGUCUAUCCGUAUUGACAUGGUAGAACGUGAAGCCCUUUUUGAGCGUAUUACUGCUGAACGAGCUUUGUUUGAGAAUAUCAGUCGUCAGCGCGCUGAUGAGAUAAGGGAGUUACAGACUCAGGUGUCGAAUUUUCAAAUGGAACUUAAGGCUACUGAAGAGCAUAUCUUGCUUCAGAAGAACAAGCUGUUGGAUGCUGAAGGAGCCUUGGCAGUCGCAGAAAGAAAGCGCAGUGAAUUACAAAACCAGUUAGAAUCCUUUGAGAGAGAACAUUUUACGAAGGAAAACUAUCUAGAUGAUCAAUUCUCCAAAUAUGGUAUCAUCUUAGAAAGUCUGAAGGUUUAUGAAAACGGAGAUAAUAGUAAGGGCAUCUUAAUUGAUGAGAUUCUAGAAGAAAAAGCCACACUCACUGCAGCUCUCUCAGCAUCACAAUAUGAAAAAGAGACAUUGAAUAAAUACUUGAUAAAUUUGAAGGAUAACUUGUUCAGAGUAGAAAAAAGUUUUGUCAUCCUUAGACGUGAAAUUGAAUCCAAGUCUGCACAAAUUAUGGAGCUCACCACUCAACGAGACAGUAUGGCUGACAAAAUUAAAUUUCUUUCCGACCAGUUAAGUGAUUACUGGAAUGUGAUUGAAAAGUUAAGACAAGAAAAAGAGAAAUUAAACUCUUCCUUAAAAGUUUCGCUGAUGGAAACCGAAAAUUCCCACAACAAUCUAAACAAAUUAGAUUUUUCACUCCAAAAGGCUGAUGGUGACUUUAAAACUGUUGCUAAAGUAAAACAUGUAGGAACGAGUUCUCUUUUGCCGAGUCAGAUAAUUAACAAACAACUUACACUAGAGUCGCAGACCAUUCAUUACUUCCCAGUUGCAGUGCCGACCUUUCAAAGUCAACCAAAUACUGCUUCUCUACCGUCUUCAGUAAAUAAUUUUAGUACCUCGGAUGCUACACAUUCUUUAAACAUUCAAGUGAAUGAAGAUAGUUGUUGGCAAAUUAUGGAUUUAAAGAAAAGAUUAUCUAAUGACGCUGUUUGUGAUGUAGCUCCAAUUUCGCAAAAUACAAUCGGUGUACCUGAUUCUAAUUACGAUACUCAAAAUAACGGCUCGAACUCACAGGAGAACUAUCCCACAACACCUUUAAGUUCUGAUAAAAAUAUAUUUUGGUCAACGGAUCCUUCGUCUUUAGUUUCUGCCCGUGUUUUGUCUUCUUCAUACGAGCAAAACCAAAUGGGAUUAAAUCAAACAGUUCCUAAUCCAAAUAGUCAGUGUUAUUUUGAUAACUGGCCAUAUAUACAGCAGUUACCAGAUUACCAGAAUAUUGCUAAUGUGGAUUCUGGCCUUCACCUUUCAGACACCCAUAUAACAACCAAUCAAAUAUAUUCUUCAGAUUACCAACAACGUAAUAUGCCUUAUUUAAAUCUAUAUUUACACGAUAACCUGAACCAUACUGAUGAGUAUAAAUUCAAUGUACAACAAGAUAAUUCGUACACGUGUCUAUCUAAAGACGAAUGUUCCUCGGAUUUUAAUUGUGAUAUUACAAUUAGUAGUAAUAACAUUUUAAUUCCUAGAGCCAGUUUACCUUUGGACCACAAAACCAAUAAUCUGAAUUGUGAUAAAAUUUAUACAGAUCCAUUAGUUAUACCAGAACAACAACAAAAUGUCUGCUCUUCUAACAAAAAUGAUACUUGUACGAUCUUAUCUACUGAGCAGGAUACCAACUAUAAAUGUACUGUUACUGAGGUUCAAAAUAUUCAUACAAAUGAUUGGACAGGUAAGGAGUCAUCUAGUUGCUCUAGUAAUUUCCGUGUUAAAAUAAAUGAAAGUGAAACACCAGUUAAGUUGACGGAAUAUUUCUCAAAUGAUCAUCAAGGGAACUGGACAAAUGAAGUUUUUUACACACAGAAUGUAGCCACUACCUUACUAUCUGUCACUGAAACACCAGAGUCAAUACUAUAUUGCUGUUCAUCACAUGAAAAUUCGAAUCUAACUGAAAUUACUGAAAGUAAAGCAGAAAAACUGAAAUUAUAUCAAGUUGGUGGAUCAAAUCAGCCAAUAGUCAUUUCUAAAAAAAGUGAUCAUGAAUACUGCUCAUGUUCUGUCACUACUGAAACACCAAAUGAUUCAUUUGACUUAAGAAUAUGCAAUACCCGUCAGUCUAAUAUCAAUACUUGUUCUUCAGAACACAUAUAUAAUACAUCUGAAGCUCUUCUUAUGUCUACUUUUGAUGAACUGAACUGUGUGAAAAGUGAGCGGGACAAUCUUUCCGAGCAUGUUUCGGUCUUGCAAAAGGAUUUAGCCAAUGCUGUUGCUAACUUAACAACUUAUCAGAAAGAGGCAGAAAUGCAGACGCUUAACGCUGAACGUGAAAAAGUUGCCCAUCAACAAGCACUCGAGGCUCAUCAACUUACUAUUGUGGAACUUAAUAAUGCCAAAGCCGAACUUGUUAACGUGCAAAAGUUAGUUAGUGAACUUCGUCAGGAGGUUGUCUCUUCAAAAGAAGAAGUCGCACUAUUGCGGGCGCACGAAAAUGAAAAUCGUUCUCUCUAUGAAACGGAAAUCAAUUCAAUGAAAUCAAUUGUUAAGAUAACAAGCGAUCACCUAUCAACACUGGCAGAAUCACUCCACAAUGCGCUGAGUGAAAGAGCUAUACUGCAGAGGGAAUUCAAUCAUUUGAAAAAUAUGAUUCAUGGUCAAUUACAGAAAUUUCGUUUAUUCACUCGUUUGGAGUUAUAUGACGAAUCUAAAAUAGUCAACCAAUUUUCCAUUGGUUCAUUAGCUGCUCUUGGAAUUUAUUUAGAAAAUCUGGUUGAUGGUAAUUCUCAGAUAAAUUUUCAUACAAAGUAAGAUAAAUUUCACAUAAGCUAUGCGUUUGUAUUUAAUAUUUUAUUUUGGAUUGCUACAUUCACUGGGUUCACAGGUUCAUUUCAGCCACUUUAGUAUCCCUGGAUGGUAUCAAUAAAGUAUGCUUUCCAAUUUGAUCUCAUUCAUUAGUCUCAUAUAACCUGUUCAACUAAAUAACUUGUAUUGGCUUUGCUUCGUUAAUCAAUCCCAUUUGUAACCGUUAUUAUAUAAAUUCCAUCGGCGUUUGAAAUCAGUAGGCAAUAAGAAGCGGUGACUACGGUUUAUUAGCGGACAUCACAUAUCACAAACCUACAAGCACAUCAGGCGAAUUUGAAGCAUAGAGACGAAUAUGUGUGUGCGAGCAAAUGUAGAGGCAAAUUUAUAGUUAAAUAGAAUAAGGCUCAGCUAGGCAAGGCAAAGACUAAUAAUAGGAUUUGCGUACAUAUAUACAUGGGAAAGAGGAUGAAUCAUCGAGCAAUAUUUAAGCUAUCAACAUUAAUGUGAUCAAGCGUACACGUUUCUACAGAUAUGAUAGUGAUUAUAGUAGUACAAAGAAAUGUGAAAUUGUUACUGUUCUAAUGACAUUGUCUGUCAAGUAAGUUAAUAAAAGAGCUUAACUAAAAUUAACCAUAAUCGAAAUUGAUUAUAGGAGGUUUGCUAUAAAAUUUGCUUGUUCAGAAAUACUAGGGUGAACGUUUAUCUUUCCUUUAUUUCGUAUGUAGACAACCUAACCAUUAAAAAAUGUGUUAAAAGGCGAACGAUUGUGAUGCGUAAAUAGCCUUCACUUAGAACAUAAUUCCUCACUUGUAAUCAUUGUAACGAACAACCAUAGUUAUGGUAAGCUAAAUAAAUGCCAGAAUUACAAAAAAACUUUUGUGCGGUCUGUUGUAAAAAUGCAGUCCUCACAGCAAGUAAUAACCAAUUUACGUUAAAAAAAUACCAUUCUGUUUAAUGCAGUCCAACAUCAUUCCUAUGGUGAAACCUAACCUAUUGUUGUUUUCAUCAUUGAAAAGUAACUCAUUAAGGAAAUCUUGCUUCGAUUUUAACCAUAUAUACAUUUACUAAUACGUCGUUUUUUUGAGAAAAUGUUGAGUUUUUUUCAGAGCUAUAUCUGAUGAUAAUGUUAACUGAAACUUCAAAAGGUGUCGAACUAUUUGAACUGCAUUCACUUGUCGCGGAUCUUUACACCCUCAAAGUCACAUUAAAAGUGCAUUGACAGUUGUGCCUUGUGCAACUAUUCAAAUAAAUGAAUCGGUUAGCGAUGCAUAGAAAAAUAUUGGUGAAAUCUCGUACCAAGGAAGGUGUCACUCAAAGCAAAUUCAGUUGAUUGUCCUACCAGUUGUUAAUAGGAUAGAAUUCUAAAUAUUGCAUUCUCAACGCCAGCCCAAAUCUGAAUGUGGCGCUCGAUUCAUUUUUAACUAAUCAGAGAUAAUAAAUGGAUCAAGAAGAUACUAAAGAUUUAUCGUAUAAAUUAUGUAUAAACUCUUGUGCUUCUAUUACUGUAGAUUGUUUUUUCGGCUCAUUGGAGUAUACUUUAUUCCCAGCUUAUUUUUAUGUUUAUCGAGUCAAGUAAAGUGAAUUACCUAAAGAAUACUAGACAUGUCACAAGUCAACACUGGGAGGCUUUGUGUUAAAAAAGAACAUUUUGGAUAUCAUUCCCUACAUAUAUUUAAAUGUUAAGGGACCAAAUUUUAAAUAUAUUAUUUAUUUAAUUUAAGGAGAUCCCAAAAUCUAUUGAAUCUCUUUUUAUAGAUCACCUCGUAAAUUUAAUCCAUCCUUCGAAUCUCUUCGAACAGAAAUAACAAAACUUGAAAAUGAUCUACUUAGUCGUAAUAUGCUUGUCAGUGACUCAGCUCAAAAUAUAUAGUAAGUGAAUAGAUUGUUUCGCGAUACGUUUUCCAUGUUAUUUUUUUCGGUGUUAACUGUAUCUUCUGAGGAUCCGAUCCAAAUAUGCACUCAUUUCGUGUACACUAAGUAGUCGCUGGGUAGCAACCAGUACAACGUUAAAUAAUUCACAUUAGACAGGAUUCUGCCUGGUAAGUUUGCAAUGCCCCCAAAUGCCCUGGUACGGCCGAUAGUGGGGGGAGUCCGCUCUCCCUCUCGAAAUGCUCUCACAUGGCCACGCGUAUAUAGCCUCUGCCAGGGAAGUCCUACUCACUGCCUUCUCGUGGCGGGGGUGUUGUUUACGAAAUUGAGAGGACGAAAAGCGAACGUCCGGCGCUUUAACCGGGUUGGUGGACAUGGAGAGUUCACCUAGGGGAGUUGGAAAACCCUGAUUCCAAACCAACGGUGCACAUGGGCUCCAGUAUCCUGAAGGAACAAAUGAUGUAUGAACCAAUCGUUGGUCACCGGCUACCAUGGGAAUGCAUCUCCUUACGUUGCUCCACUGCCUUGUGGAUCAUACCUUCAGGUCAAAGGCUCUGGUUGUGGCCCCCUAAGAAAGCCACCUGCUUCGGUUCGGGCACCCGGGCAGUAUCACAGCCCUCACACAAACCGAAUGAUUUAUGUGGCGCAUAUAUAUUUGGUGCCUCAUUGUACCAAUAUCUGUGUUAAAAUAAGUAAAUAAAUAAAUGCAUGUAGUAGAUAAAAAAAAGUUGAUAUUGUGAUGUUCGUUACGUAGUGUUGAAAUGGCUUACUGGAUUCAUGUGAUUUUAACAAAGUAUGAUUUACGCCUACGUUUUAUGUAUUUCUUUUUUGAUGAAUGCUAACUAGCGCGAAAUCUACAUCUAAAGAUUUCUGUUGAUUACUGUUAGUCGAAAGGGAUUAAUUACAAUAUACCAUAUAAUGUCUAGUCACUGCUUACACUGAUGACUAGAAUGUUAAUGGUUACUCUCCAGGGACUAAAUGGUCUUAACUAACAAUAUUUAUAACUUUACCACUCAAUGAUAAAAGUUCAGGUCUUUAGGAAGACUCUUUGAAGACCUAGUCUUUUAUUAGUUUUGUGAGUUCUUGUUGUAUCUAAUUUCAAGAUAUCUGGUUUCUUUAUAAAAUUCAAGUCAUCGUAUCAGAUAAUGCAAACGUAUCAACAUAGAACCUUAAUUAUGUUAUAAAUUAGUUAGACUUGUACAAUAAAUAAGCGUAGGCAUUAACGAUAUGAAUCUAGUCAGUCAUAAGCAGUGUGAAAGAUGUCGCAGAUAUACUCUGCGUCAAGUUGACGUACGUAAUUCAUGUUAACAUAAUGCAAGCAAAUUUAGUAGAUGAGAUGGAACAAGAAAGUAUGAAAUAUUAUUGGAACUGAAGAUUUAGAAGAUGAAAAUGAAUGCAUUCAUACAAUCGCAACUGAUUUUGAGCCAUGUCUAAUUCAAGCCGCACCUUAUCAUUUUCCAUCUUUGCUAUUCAACAUACAUCACGUCACAGUAAGCGGCAACCACGCAUACGUAGCUUAUGUGCUGAACGUCCUUAAGCGUUGAAAAUUCACUUCACCUAAGUUAGUUCCUUACGCUUCGUUUCAGCAUUACUUACACAACGUUUGCACCAUGCGUAAUUAGUGUUUCGGGGACAUUUUAUGGUCAAAUACUAGCAAUUUUCAUAGGUUACAUUUCACAACCGUAAUAAUAAUGGGAUGGAUUCCUACCCGAUAUACUUUAUAUGAUAAACAGAUUUUCUCUACGUAAUGCUCUCGGAAAUCCAACUUAUUAAUGAAACUAGUUUUUAAGGCCUUGUAUGUCGAUUUUUUACUUGCAUCCAACUUAAAGACAACCCUACCGAAUUUAUGGACUCAUAUCUAAAUCGCAAUGAACUGAAAAUUGAUCCAACUAAUUGCGAUCGAAUAAUAUAAGAUGUUGGUUUUGAAUUCAAUUGGCAGCUGAUAUUAAAUAUAAUCAACUGAGCUAUCUACUUAUUUUCAGUCACAUGAAAAUUUCACUCUGUUAAGCAGUAUUAUCAUUUGUUGUUUUCUCUCUCUUUUAGGUCAUCAGUUGAUGUACAUUUUCAUUCAUAUGGCAUUUACUUUUAAACUGUACUGCCUUAAGGUGAUUUCAAUUUUUUCAUACUUGUCUGUUUUAUAGAUUUCAGUGAAGAAUUUAGUGAAUUUCAUAUGCAUACGUAUAUGCAGUCUCUCCAUACGCAUACAAUAUAUGUGAUAUACGCUUAUAGUUUAUUUGGACUUCUCUGUGAUUGUAUUUCUUGCUUAUUUUUGUCAGCGUGAAUAUCACUUCAGUCUUUCACUUUUAGAUUCAUAAAUAAUUUUUUAAUAUUAGCAGUAUUUCUUUAAGUGAUUAUAAACUCAGUAAAAAAAUCUCUUGAACGUGAGAUAAUUUCAUUGUGCUAAUUAUUUUGUACUGUUCAGACCUAAGUUAACAAUGAGUUAUGUUUUCUUUACUUCGUCUUAAAUACUUUGAUUUAUUCUUUGUGUAUGAUUAGGUGAGGGUAUUUUAAUGUCUUUAGAUGACUAUGUUUAUUUUAUUCCUUAUAAAUGUAUUUCUACUCUGGUUGGUAUUCUAUUUUUUAACUAUUGUGCUGAUAUGCAAAAUUCCCAUCUGUGUUUUAUCUCGCAACAAGUUUAAAGCUUUUUUGUAAAUUUAUAACAUAAACAGAUAGAUAAUGGGAAUGCUCUCUGGUUUACUUAGGUACGCGUCUUACUAACAUGCUGGUGAUGAAAAUUAAAUAUAUAUGCUCAUAUAUUAAAUGCAUAAUGUUUCUGCAUCCAGCUAUACACAAAAAAUAAAUCUUACAUUUCACGUGAAGUCAUUUGUUGACUAGGCAUAUCCUACAUGUUUCAUCCAAUUUUUCGAUAUCUUUCUAUACAUCAGUAUAAAUUGUGUAUGCCCCAUUCUUUUACCUCAGAAUCCCAUUGGUGACGGGUACCUUAACUGACACACAGAUUCUUUUUGAUUAAUACCUAAUUUUAUGAAGGCGGUAUCCAACAUCUAAAAAGAUAUCCUUGCACUUCACUCUAUUUCAUCAGAGUAACUGGAACUAAGUCGUACUUGUGAUGCGUUCGAUGUUAUUAGCACUCACAGUGGACUAAUACGAAUAAGAUAGUCUUAAGUUUAUCUGGAAGUUACGGUGCUUUAGAGAAGUAUUUUUGUUGACAAUGUUUGCUUGACGUCAAGUCGGUUUUACUAAUAAUAUAGUUGAAGCUGAUAAACAACGUACGAGUUUACUAACUAAUUUAUUCAAUCAAUCUUAGAUUGAAUUAAAACGUUGCAUACAAACUUUUCUACAGUAUUUGGUCAAAACGGGAUGAACAUUUGAUUAUUGAAUGUUGAUAAGUUCAGUAGUGUACUAUGGUUUCAUCUAUUAAGUAACACUUUGCACUUUUCCAAAUCCUCUGGUUCAGUUCUUUCCCGUUGAUUGCUUUACGAAUUUGUUAUAAAAAACUUGCAAUAUUCUGUAGUUUGGUAACCAAUUACUUGUCUCCAACCCUAACUAGGGAUCAACGUCUUCAUCUGUAACAGUUUCAUUUACUUUGAAACUAAAUCAGACCAUUACAUACUUAAUCCUCAAGUGACUCCAUCUGAAAUCAGAUUUUUGAACAACCAAGUUCCAUGUUUUAAAUACGUUACCAAUUUAUUUACAAAGUUUUCUAAAUUGUUGGCCCAAUAAAUUAAUGUUUCUGAUAUGGAGAAAAGUGCAUCAUAGUUAAUUACCAGUAUCCUGGAGUAGAUCCUGGCUAGUGCAGUUCAUAUCUUCAUGUCCUGGCACGGCCGAGGAUGGGGAGCGUCCGCGAAUAUUCAGCGCUUUAGCCGGGUUGGUGUAUACGGAGGACCCACGUAGGGGAGUUGGAUAACCGUGGUUCAAAACCAGUGGUGCAUAUAGGCUCAAGGAUCUUGAGUGAACAAAAGGCGUAUGAACCAGUUGUUUGUCACCGGCUACCAUGAGACUGCAUCUUCUAAAGUUGCUCCACUGCCUUGUGGAUUAUAUCUUUAGGUCGAAGGCUCCGGGUGUAGCCUCCUAAAAAAACUAUCUGCUUUGGUUUGGGCAUGCGAGCAGUAUCACAGGCUGUUUUUUUUCACCAGUUGUUACGCACUCAUUAAUUUUGAACGAAUUGUAAGAUCACUUGAGAAUAACCUAAUAAUUUAAACAAUGAUAACAGGUUUUUCGAAUUACACUUAGUCAAUUAUUUUUUUUCUAACGAAAAAGACUAGUUUAAAUGCUAAAGAUAAUGUGGGAGCUGUUACUACGUAUAUUUGAUUGAAACUCGGUCGAUAUCAUUCGUUCAGUACUCAGGACUAGAUAUUUGUCACUACUCACUGAUCAGUCAAUGGAAAAUUUUAAAAAAUGUCAUACUAUUUAGCCUAGUCAUUGAGAUAACAUUCCUCGAUUCAGCCAAACGGUAGAAUUAUGUUUUCAUUUAAAUUUUUAUAUUUUAUGAUCAUUCAUUAGGGUGGGUUGGAAUUGUGACUGGAACGAAGUUACACUCCAAACCGGUUAUCGUUUUUUUAACUGUACUGAAGAACGUUUCUUUGAAGAAUUCAAAUUCAUCUGGUGAACUUUCAUAUACAUUUUUAAAAGUGUAACCAUAGUUCCGGUAAUAAUAUGCACGAUAUUAUUUGAUUAUAUAUAUGCAAACAUCAUAUACAAAUUGAAUCCUCGACUUUGGUAAAGCAUAUAUAUAGCUAUUAGUCAUCAUAUCAGUUUCAAUAUCUUCAUUGAUGUUCUGAGCUUUACUAGUACAACAUUACAGCAAAGCAUGAAUGAUUACUUGAAUAAACUCGUUCUAUUCUCUUUGUAUUUUAAUUAUGAAUUACAUGUUUGUGUACUCGGCCAUUAACUACUCUUUGCAUAUGGGGCAUUAAGACUAAACAGCUACUGAAAACGAGUUGGGUCGGUUAGUAUUUGAGUGCUCAAAUUACUGGUUACAAAUUAGACACUUAAAGCACUAUACCACCUCUUAACAUUCUCCACCUUAUUAUGCCAUCAGUAUUUAAAAUGAGACGA